AUGGAUUCAUCUGAAGAAGAAGCUUGUUUAUUUGCCAUCCAAUUGGCAAGUGCUUCUGUACUUCCUAUGGUGCUUAAAUCCGCCAUUGAACUAGACCUUCUUGAACUCAUUAAAAAGGCAGGCCCUGGUGCGUUUGUUUCUCCUGCACAACUUUCUGAACAGAUUCCGACGAAGAACCCGGAGUCGAAAAUCAUGCUGGACAGGAUUCUCCGGCUACUCGCUUGCUAUUCUGUCCUGAAUUGCAACCAGAAAACCCUGCCGGACGGCGGCGUUGAGAGGUUGUACUCUCUUGCGCCGGUGUGCAAGUUCUUGACCAAGAAUGAAGAUGGUGUUUCCAUGGCCCCUUUGUUGCUCAUGAACCAGGAUAAGAUCCUCAUGGAGAGCUGGUACUAUCUAAAGGAUGCAGUUCUUGAUGGAGGAAUUCCAUUCAAUAAAGCAUAUGGAAUGACAGCAUUUGAUUAUCAUGGUACUGAUCCAAGAUUUAACAAGGUUUUCAACCAAGGAAUGUCUAAUCAUUCUACAAUCACUAUGAAGAAAAUUCUAGAGACAUAUAAUGGAUUUGAGGGCCUCAAGUCCAUUGUGGAUGUUGGUGGUGGAACUGGUGCAACACUUAAUAUGAUAGUUUCAAAGCAUCCCUCCAUCAAGGGUAUUAAUUUUGAUUUACCCCAUGUUAUCGAAGACGCUCCGUCUUAUCAAGGAGUGGAGCAUGUUGGUGGAGACAUGUUUGUUAGUGUGCCUAAAGGAGAUGCCAUCUUCAUGAAGUGGAUUUGUCAUGACUGGAGCGACGAACACUGCCUGAAAUUCUUGAAGAAAUGCCACGAAGCACUUCCUGAAAAUGGGAAAGUCAUAUUGGCUGAAUGCAUUCUCCCAGAGGCACCAGACACGGGACUUGCAACUAAGAAUGUUGUCCAUAUUGAUGUGAUUAUGUUGGCACACAAUCCAGGAGGGAAAGAGAGGACAGAAAAAGAAUUUAAGGCAUUGGCUAAAGGGGCUGGAUUUAGGGAUUUUCGAAAGGUUUGCUGUGCAUUUAAUUCAUGGAUCAUGGAACUUUUGAAGUGA